GAAAAAGUGGAUGCGUUGUGUCACCAUCAUGCAGCUCAACAGGCGUUUGGAAGGUUGCAGCACCAUCAUCCAGCACCGCCGCCACCUCCGCCACCAUCGUCGAGUCAGCAACCAAUGUGUCCGCAUAUGCAGCAACACUUUGCUUCAAUGUCUUCCGGUGCACCACUAAUGCGACCAGGUCAACUGACACACUCGCACACACCACUUAUGCAACACAGUUCGUCCACAGGAUCCGAUUCAGCCACAUCUGCUGAUCGAAAGUCUUCUUCCAGACACGCAGGUUCCAACCCAGGAAAUGAUUUCGACGAAGAUCUGCGCUCCGGAACAAGCCCUGUCGCAAGUUUAUCCGAUGGCCAAUUGACGUCGACUCCAGGUGGUCCCAUCAGUCCGCACGGGCAAGUAUCUAUUGUAUCGGAUUCAAUAACGCCGUCGAAAUUUGGCCGACGAGGAUCCACGAAGGUUAGUUACCCGCCAUGA